GAAGUUCCGUCGCAAACUCGCAUGACCUAUCUUUCUUCAUUUCAGAAAGCAUCAGAAAGUGACAACGUAAAACGUACGUUAGACGUUCGUUAAUGUCUUUUUGAAGAUUCCUGUCACGGGAACGUCUUUUGGACGUAAAUUCAAAUAAAUAUGAAACCCUUAAUGUUGCACGGUCACGAUCGUGCGAUCACGACGAUUAAAUACAACAGAGAAGGUGAUUUGUUAUUCUCUGCCAGUAAAGACAAACAGCCUAACGUUUGGUACUCUUUGAACGGAGAACGCCUUGGUACUUUCGAUGGCCACAAUGGUUCGGUUUGGUGUAUCGACGUCAGUUGGGACACGACGAAACUCAUGUCCGGCAGUGGUGACAAUACGUUACGUAUAUGGGACUGCCAAACAGGAAAGGAGAUCGGUCAAAUGUCCACAAAGAGUUCCGUGAGGACUUGCAGUUUCAGUUAUUCGGGAAACAUGGCUGUGUUCUCCACCGACAAAGCUCUAGGCCAACAAUGUGAGAUGCUAAUGAUCGACACGAGAAACGUCGAAAGCACCAUCGAUGCCAACGAUGCAUACUUCAAAAUCCUAAUGCCUGGCUCUCGUGUCUCUGCAAUUUUGUGGGGAGCUCUCGACGAGACCAUUAUCACUGGUCAUGAAGACGGAGAGAUCAUUAUCUGGGACGUCAGGACCGGUAAGAAAAUAAACAACAUGAAAGCCCACAAGUCUCAGAUUAAUGACAUGCAGUUCAACAAGGAAGGCACGAUGUUUGUUACGGCAUCGAAAGAUCAUACCUCGAAGCUCUUUGAUAGCGAGUCUUUGAUGUGCGUGAAGACUUACAAGACCGAGAGACCUGUAAAUUCAGCAACGAUCUCUCCUAUUCUUGAUCAUGUUGUAUUGGGUGGUGGUCAAGAUGCGAUGGACGUAACCACAACCUCGACUCGACAAGGGAAAUUCGACUCUCGUUUCUUCCAUUUGGUGUUCGAAGAGGAAUUCGCUCGUUUAAAGGGCCACUUCGGUCCAAUCAAUUCGUUGGCUUUUCAUCCUAGUGGACGCAGUUUCUCGACAGGAGGAGAAGAUGGUUAUAUUCGAAUCAAUACGUUUGACCAAUCUUAUUUCGACUUCCAUUUUGAAUAUUAAUUAUAUUACCGAAUAAACUGUACACCUGCGUAUACUUAAA